AUGACCGACUAUGCUGCGCAGGGUAAAACGAGACCUACCAACGUCGUCAACCUCACAAACUCGCGGUCACAUCAAGCCGUGUACACGGCGUUAUCGAGGAGCUCGUCUGCGGAUGGAACGGCUAUCAUGACUUCGUUCGCAAGCGGUCUCAUUACCAAAGGAAUGGACGACCAACUGAAGAGAGAGUUCAGAAAUCUUGAAGUUUUGAACGAUAUCACGCGCCUGCGUUACCAUAAUCAGCUACCUGCAAGCGUCGAAGGGGACACAAGAAACAAACUGAUCAAAUCCUUCCUCAACUGGAAAGGCGAUGACUACGAGAUACCGGGUUUGCAUGAGGCGUUGCAAUGGAAAUCAUUGAGUGACUGGGACGAUCUAGACACACCGUUCGGGCGUCAGUCAUGGCAAUACGCAGAGAAUGAGAAGUCAGAAGCCGUCAGCCAAGAACCUGAAACGAAGGGCAGUAGAAGCAGUGCACGGAAGGGAAGUAAAGGUCACAGAAGUAGCGUGACACAGAGCAAUGAAUCCCUGGUUAGAAAGAAGAGGAAUGGAGCGAAGGUAGGGGCACAAUCGACCGCAGUAUCGGAGACGCACGUACCUCGGGGAUACGAGUGGAACUCGACUGACUGGAGUUGUCCGUACGACUCGUUGUUCACUAUCCUGCAUGCAAUUUGGAAGGGAGAGCCGCGUCGCUGGUCG